GAUUCUUUGAGUGCUUUUAAACAGCGACAUUUGCCUAUUACCAUCAAACUUACAGGCAUUGUUCAUUUAUAAUUCCGCCACCACUCGUACCCCACCCUACUCCGCUGAACACCAUUAGUACCCCCAACUAUUACCACACCAUACUACACCAUACUACAUCACACCAUGUCUCUACAAACGCCUCUAUGCUCGCUGCUCCGAAUCCAACACCCUGUCCUACUUGCCGGCAUGGCACGAGCAUCAGGGGCUCCCCUUGCGGCCGCCGUCUCCAACGCCGGAGGCCUGGGAACCGUCGGCGGCCUGGGCUAUAGCCCGGAGCAAUUGGACGAGAUCCUCACGGAGUUGAAAUCCCUUCUGCGCGACCCGUCCCUCCCCUUCGGCGUGGACCUGGCCCUGCCGCAGGUGGGCGGCAGCGCGCGCGCCACCAACCACGACUACACGCACGGACAGCUGGACCAGCUCAUCGACGUGGUGAUCGCGCACGGCACGAAGCUCUUCGUCUGCGCCGUCGGUGUGCCGCCCGAGCACGUCAUCCGGCGGCUGCACGACGCCGGCAUCCUGAUCAUGAACAUGGUGGGGGCGCCCAAGCACGCGGAGAAGGCGUUCGCGCUGGGCGUGGACAUCGUGUGCGCGCAGGGCGGCGAAGGCGGCGGACACACGGGCGACAUCCCCUUCUCGGUGCUGGUGCCGGCGGUGGUGGACGUGGCGAGGAAGUACAAGAGUCCGUUGACGGGGGAGCCGGCGCAGGUGGUGGCGGCCGGGGGCAUCAACGACGGGCGCAGCCUGGCGGCGUCGCUGAUGCUGGGGGCGUCGGGGGUGUGGGUGGGCACGCGGUUCGUGGCCUCGGAGGAGAGCGGAGCCAGUCGCUUGCACAAGGAGGCGGUGGUUGGGGCGCAGUUUGGCGAGACGCGGCGCACGUUGGUCGUCUCCGGACGGCCGCUGCGGAUGCUGCCCAACGACUAUGUCAAGGACUGGGAGAAACGCCCGCAGGAGAUCGUCGAGUUGACGGCCAAGGGCGUGGUGCCGAUCGAGCAUGAUUUCAACAACGAGAAGGAGGUCGACAUUCCGUUCCUGAUGGGCGAUGUCUCGGCCAUCAUCAAGGAGAUCAAACCGGCCGGGGUGAUUGUUCAGGAGAUGGUGCAACAGGCGGUGGAUGUGCUGAGGCAGGGAGGUGGUUAUAUCACCAGUCCUGGAAGCAGUAAACUAUGAGCAUACUCUGUAGUAGCAUCAAGUCAAUAGGCCCUCAAAUCUGCAGUGAAC